UUUGGUUUAUUUUGUGCUCGGUUAGGGGGUGGUUUAUAUUCAUUACAAUAUAAAUAAACAACAACACACACAUGCUUAUUUUUGUGUUAAAAAUAACUUUAUAUUUUUUUUGUUGCAAAAAUUUUUUUGUUUUUUUAAAAAUUUCUUAUUGGGCGGAAUGGAGAGAUGGAAAGAGGUGGUUGGGGUUGUUCACCGACCAGGAAGUUCGGAGAAAUUUUUUAGGGAGAAAGCGAAAUGGAAUACUCAGAAAGGAGGUAUUAAGAGGAAUACUUUAAUUAAAUCUCAAAUUCCAAGACGUUCGGGGACUGGGACAGGAAAGAGGGAUAGAGCAGUGGGACAAGGGAAAGGGACAAGAGUGGGCUAAAAGAGGGGGGACUGAGGCAGGAGAGGUAGCAGCAUGGAAAUAAGUCUGGAUUAAGGGGACAGUAGAGAGGAGAUGGGUACAUCUCUAAAAAAUAUUUUGGGAAUUCAAAAAUUAAUGGAAGAUGAAAGGAAAUACAAUCAGACC